AUAUAUUGUGUUCAAACAGGAAGGAAUUGCAGUUGGAAGGACUUUUGCUGCUUUAAAAAACUAUCAAGUGGAUGGAAACAAAGAGAUGAUUGCAAUUGGAUUAAUGAAUAUUGUUGGUUCCUCUACCUCCUGCUAUGUCACAACAGGAGCGUUUUCGCGGUCAGCAGUGAAUCAUAAUGCAGGCAGCAAAACAGCAGUUUCAAACAUAGUAAUGGCAGUGACAAUAAUGGUAACACUCCUGUUCCUCAUGCCAUUAUUCCAAUACACACCAAAUGUUAUACUCGGGGCGAUCAUCGUUACUGCUGUCAUUGGCCUAAUCGACAUCUCAGCCGCUUAUCAAAUCUGGAAGAUCGAUAAAUUCGAUUUCGUUGUCUUGUUAUGUGCAUUCUUUGGAGUCAUUUUCAUUUCUGUCCAGGAUGGUCUUGCCAUUGCAGUUGGAAUAUCAAUAUUCAAGGUGUUACUGCAAAUUACAAGGCCAAAAACAGUGAUGUUAGGAAAUAUACCUGGUACAAGAAUUUAUAGGAAUUUAGAUCAUUAUAAGGAAGCUUUGAGUGUACCUGGUUUCCUCAUUUUAAGUAUUGAAGCUCCAAUUAACUUUGCCAAUACAACUUAUCUCAAAGAAAGGAUUUCAAGAUGGAUGGAAGAGUAUGAGUCAGGAGAAACAAAAAAGCAGUCAGAGCUACAAUAUGUGGUCCUUGAUUUGUCUGCUGUGAGUGCUAUUGAUACAAGUGGAAUCUCAUUGUUUAAGGAUCUAAGUAUGGUACUUGAAAAGAAGAGUCUUGAGCUUGUGUUGGUGAAUCCAAUUGGAGAAGUACUGGAAAAGUUACAGAGAGCUGAUGAUACAAAAGAUAUGAUGGGAACAGAUUGUCUGUUUUUAACAGUUGGAGAAGCAGUAGCUUCAGUUUCCUCAACAAUUAAAUACCAAAUACCAGCUCAUGUAUGAUAUCCUGAAGUAGCUACUGUAAUUUUCUUCCCUUUUUUACCUUCAAAGAUUUGAUUCUGUUUGAUCAAGAAGCUAAUUAAAGCAUAUAGAAACAAUAUCUUUCUCCUUAGAUCUACUAGAUAUGCAGUGAUAGUAUUGUACAAGCAUUGCCUGGUAAGGCAAAUAUUGAUUUUCAGAAAGCAUUAUCCAUCAAAGUAAACUUGUUUUGUUA